CGUCGAGUCGCGACAGAAAAAAAACAACAAAUAUUUGCAUGUGCAAUAAAAUAAACAUUCUGUAGCUACCUUAAAGCAAGCGCAGUCUUGUCAGUCGGCGGGAAAGAUGGUCAACUCGAAUAGCAACGUGCGAUGCAUCAACUACUACGACCUGUGUCGCAUCUGCACGGACAGCGGCGAGCAGAACACCAACGUUUUCUCGGCCGAGGGACGCGCCAAGAAUCUGAGCUCCAAGAUAUACGAAUGCCUGUCCUUGCAGAUUGACGAAAAGGAUCGGUUGCCGAAGGUGGUUUGCGGGCAGUGCGUGCAGCAAGUGGAGCAGAUUCAUGCCCUUCGUCUAACAUGCAAGAAGACCCAGACGAUGCUCAACGAUUGCCUCAACAUUCCCCCAAUGCAGAGCCACAACGACAAGCUCUACAUCAAAGAUGCCAUCGACGACACAGGCAAGAGCCUCAGCGUGGUGGGCAGCACUUUGCAGUCCACUCCCGCCAGCAGCAGCAGCAGUCAAUCCAAUGAUCUGCUCAACAGUAUUAUCCAGGCUGUGGGCAUGCAAUCCCAGCAGCAAUUUACCAUCACGGUGGACAGCAGUAUCCCACAGCAACAGCAGCAACCUAAGCAGCCGCCUCCGUCUCCUAUCCAGCAGAAGUCAGACAAGCAAACCAGCGUCCUGGAGGAGUUCAUACGUCUAAAGCCGGACAUCAAAAUAACUCCGUUGGGAAAGCGGGAUCCAAGUAGUGCUCCCGUUUCUGCAGUCCCCAGUAAGCCGCAACUUCAGCCAGGGACGCCAACUGCACAGCCGCCGCCACUGCAGGCACAAACAAUGAGAACUGUGGCCGCGCCACAGGUGCAAUUGCAACCUAUGGUAAGCGAGCAGUCCAUCUGGCAGCAAAUACAACAGCUCCAGCUUCAGCAACAACUCCAACAGCUCACCAGUCAAUUGGCGGCCACCAGCCAGUUCUCUGCAUCAGAGGAUGCUUUGAGUCCGAGUGAAAGCAAGAAACCAAAGCUCAAUUUUGUGCUCUCCGCGCCAACUGGACCCCAGUUUAGCACAUCGCUCCCUCAGUAUGCUGGAGGCCAGCCCCAGCUGCAGUUGCAACUAAUGCCCGUUGGCGGAGCACCUGCAGCAGCUGGGGGUCAGACACAGUUGAAUGCCACUGCUCUGCUCUCCAGCCUGUCCGGCCCACAGUCGGGUUCGAGUGGAGGAGCAGGCAAUGUUCUGUCGCCCAACAAAUGUUUUCUGCCCAUAACCAUUCGCGACGAAAAUUCUGAUCAACAGAUUGUGGCGCACAUUGACACCAAGAAUCUUGUGCUGCCCACCACAUACCAGGUGCAGAUGAAACUACAGCCACAGCUGGCCACCGCUGAUGGCCAGCCAAUCAUGGAGCUGACGCCCACCUCCAUUCCAGCCACACUGCAGCUGACGCCGCAGACCUUGGGAAAUGCAAACAAUUUCCAGGGAGCCACCACAGCAGUGUCAUCCUCGGGACAGUUUCAGAACAUUUUCCUUGCUCCCCAGCCUGCACAACAACAACAACAGCAGCAGCAGCAGCAGCAACAACAGCAGAAUAACUUACAGCAGAUUAAGAGUCCGCAACUUUCCGCAAACACAGCCACAGUGACAUCUCAGCAGAUCAUCAGACAUUCGAAUUUCGCAAACCCACAGCUGCUGAUCAGGAAUGUCCCCGCCGUAUCGAGCAUGGCAAAAACCACCAAAGAAGAGCCCACCUUUAAGAUUCCCUCACCCAGACAGAGGCAAAUGCAGCCGCAGCAGCUACAGCAACAACCAGUAAACAACAAAGUGAUUACUUCGCCAACAUCAUCACCUGUGUCGUCCCAGCAAACAUCACCAGUUCGUAGCGCAGAGCUCAAGCGCGUUGUUGCACAGGCUAAACCAAUGCAGUCUAUGGAUUCGCCGCCCACAUCCAUAGCAGCCAAUCCGGCUGCCUUGCAGCGACUGUCCUCGAGCACAACGAUCACCAAGGUGGUCAAGCCGCAGCCAGUGCCGGCUAACCCGAAUAUGCCACUGCUGAACAAACAGAACAUAACCAUCAGUCGAAUUCCCACGCAGACUUUAACCCAGACCCUGCCCAAACCGACUAUUACGGCACCGGCACCGACUUCGGCUCCAGCUCCGUCUACGGCAGCUGCAAUACCAAAACCUGCUCUUGCUACUCCUUCAGCGCAGCCUCCUUCGAUAGCGGUCCAACACAAAAAAAUGAUGAUGGAGAGUCCAGAGAAACAAGCGCCAAAAGCAAAAAUACCACGCUCGCCGCAGCCCAUCUUCCCAGCGCCUGGUAAGUCUCCGGAAGCGCCUCCGCCCGGUUUGAUCUGCCCCAAGUGCAAUCGCGAGUUCAAGAAGAGGGAACAUCUCGUCCAGCAUAUAAAGCUGCACGCAGGCCUGCGUCCCUACAAGUGCACCGAGGAGGGCUGCGACAAGGCCUUCAGCCGCAAGGAGCACUUGUCACGGCAUCUGAUCUCCCACUCUGGCAAGAAGUUGUUCACUUGCGAGUCGUGCAAAAAACCCUUUUCGCGCAAGGACAAUCUAAGCAAACAUAUGCGGAUCCACACAAAUCCGCCGAACGAGACGCUGUACUGCUGCGAUGUUUGCAAUAAGAACUUUGCCACCAAAUUGCACUACGAGAAGCAUCGAGAGAUGCACAGGAAACCGCGUACAGCUCCUGCCUCUACAGUCACUUCAACCCCGCCAAUGCGAACCAAUGGCCAAGCUCCAGCAAAGGAUGUUACAUUUGAAAUCAAACAGCACGCUACGCAGCAGCAGAAGCAAACCCCAACUCAACCGCAGCAGGCUCAAAUUAUGCAUGUGGUCACCACCCAGGAUCACGCUGGGAAUACCAUAACUAUUACCCAAGCACCCGACUCGAAUAUGUCCUCAUCGCUAGCUAACUAUGUUCAGCUGGGCUUCCCCAACUUUCCCAACUCGCCCGCCAACCAAUUAGUUUGUAAAAAGUAGACUGUCAACCCCACCCCCAAACUAAGCUUAGAUCAUCCUAGUCCUUGAUUUUCAGUUUGGUUUAAUCUAACUGCUGGUCAUCAGUUCCUUAAUAUUUAUUAUUUUAAAUUGUGUUUCAUAAGACUUGGGGAUGCCUCCGCCCCUACCUUUUGGUGCAAUAUUACUUUUAAACUUUUACAAAAUUAUUUUAUUUUAUUUUUUGUGCACUUCUUUCCAGCAAACUGUGCUCUCGAUAUUCCACCAAGUAAUUUAGUAGUCCCCCCUCUCAACUGUAUGUAAAUCCUCGAUUUUAAGAUGUACGUAUGUAUAAUGAGUAUUGUAAGGCUUUGUAAAUAUUUAUCGAUCGAUGUACUCGUAGAAGCUGUAAACAAAUGAUUGUAAAGAUACCUUUUUUUGGGUG